AUGUCAAGGCGUCGCAUGUACAGCACUGAGGAGGCAUAUGCCUUCUUGGCAUCUUCCUCUGGUUCAGAUAGUGGUGAAGAGUUGUUAUAUUUGCCCUCUUCUUCUUCCUCUUCCACUGAUUGUGACGAGGAACCUCCCCGCCACCGCCCUAGGCCAGGUCCUAGUACCAUUCCUAGUACCAAUAUUGAGCCAGGUCCUAGUGCCAUCUCUGAGUGGGCUCCAGCUUCAAACUUUAUACCCAAUUUGCCUGAGUUUGUGGCCACUGCAGGCAUUCGUGUUGACACCGCGGGGUUGAAAGAAGCUGAUUUUUUUCAGCUCUUCUUUUCAGAAGAGCUGAUUAAUUUGAUAGUGGAGGAAACCAACCGGUAUGCUGAGCAAUUCAUUGCGGCCAAUCCACAGGCAUAUCAUGCUAGGCCUUAUCAAUGGACGCCAACCAAUGCACUAGAGCUCAAAUUUUUUUUUGCCCUUUUAUUUAACAUGGGCAUAGUUAAAAAGCCCACAAUUCGCUCCUAUUGGAGUAAUGAUAUGCUUUACCAUACUCCACUGUACCGGUCGGUCAUGCCAAGGGCUCGGUUUGAAGCCCUCCUCAAAUUUCUACAUUAUGCUAAUAAUGAAAAUUGUCCACCUCCCAGUGAUCCAAAUUUUGAUCGCAUAUAUAAAAUUUGGCCCCUUGUUAAUUAUUUAAAUCAAAAAUUUUCAGAAGUUUACACCCCAGAAAAAGAGAUUGCAGUGGACGAAUCUCUUGUGCACUUCAAAGGAAGGUUGCACUUUAGGCAAUACCUGCCUAACAAACGGGCCAGGUAUGGGGUAAAACUUUAUAAGUUGUGCGAGAGCGCAACCGGCUAUACACACAAAUUCAGAGUCAAUGAAGGGAAAGACUCUAAAAUAGAGCCCCCAGAGUGUCCCCCCGUACUAAAAACAACGGGAAAAAUAGUAUGGGAUCUAGUUCACCCCCUGCUUGAUCAAGGGUAUAACAUCUACCUUGAUAAUAUUUACACUAGCGUCCCAUUACUACAAUGCCUGUUUGCCAAGGGGACUGUGGCCUGUGGUACCAUCAGGCGAAAUCAAAGGGAUCUGCCUAAAAUUUUUGUACGGCAAAAGUUGAAGAAGGGGGAAAGCAAGGCUGUGUGCAAGGACAACAUGAUGCUUGUGAAGUACCAGGACAAGUGUGAUGUUCUUGUACUAACCACCUUACACCCAGACAGAUCCUCCCCUAAACCUGUGUGUAUCCAGGACUAUAAUAAGUUCAUGGGAGGGGUGGAUCUGUCAGAUCAGGCCUUGCAGCCGUACACUGCCCUACGCAAAACUAAGACCUGGAAAUACAUGCACAUACCUGCAAUUCCAGGAAAAUGUUAUUAA